CUGCACCGAAGCGGCGGCGCAAUGGCACAGAUGGGACAGCAAGCGACGUGCAGGUGCAGCUGAGAGGCUGAGACGAGAAGAUAAAUCACACACAACCCCUCAGCUCAUAGAUAAUCAUACCUUCGUCUUAGGCUCGCCCCCCUGUGGUUAUUGAACUCCCCGCAAUUGCUCCAACUGACAUCCUUCAGUUUGCUUUUUUCUGCUUCCUUUGUGCCAGGCGGUCGAUAGAAACUUAAAAAAACCAUUUCGUCGUAACGCCACAUCACCUACAACUGAAUACCGCUGCUGUGUUUAAGGCCUGGGGAUAAUUCGAUCUGAUUGACAAUAGUUGGUCUAAUAGCAAAAUUGAUAGAUAAUCCACUCCACCGAGUUUCAUUUACAAUAGGCCAGGUUAAAUUCAACAAAAGUUUCAUUUGGAAUGUUCCUGGACUAAUUUGUACUGUGCGAAGAUGCUUUGUUGAAAUUCAUCAUGGCAAUGCAGAACACGGCUUACCCCACCCCAGACCUAACAGCCAAAAGGCCCUCCGUCGCUCGAGGAAAUUCAGAUUUGUCAAAUCCUUCCCGAGAAACAUCUUCGGAAGAAGAAGAUAAAUAUGGAUCCUUGUAUACACAGGCUGGAACUAGACGUGUGACGGUGCAAGAUCUCGAAGGCGAUUGCUCCCUAACUUUCAUGAUGUUGGUACCUGAUACCUUAGAAGUUAUGCUUGAGCACAUUUCUGUGCGAUUUGGUUAUAAGAGUGGAAGAUGUUCAUUGUACACCAGAUAUGGAGCACCCGUGGAUAACUUGUAUCUCAUUAAGGACGAUGAAAUACUUUACGCAGCAGAUGGAGGGGAAUAUCCACAACAAUUACGCGAAGCUCUGCAUCCUGGUUUGGAUGAGAUAGGCCAAUGGAGAUCAGCUAUUAUUGAGAGAUAUCAAGUAUGGGGUUGGCCAAGAAUAGGACAAUUGGUCGGAGGUGAAGAAGUGAGGCUCCGUCUACAAACAGCAUUUCGUACCAGUGCGCUAAUGGGGGGAUUGAUCUUUGCAUUAGAUUUUUUUGCAUUCAUGUAUCCUCCUUCUCUAGAAGGGCCUCCAUCAAAUUGCUCUUCGACAGACCAUGCAGUACGAUAUCUGCAGGUAUGCGAUCUUGUUCGAGCAUACUUUUGGUUUGCUGGUUUGGGACUUGCACUUUCGAUGGUUAAUUUGAUGCUGGCAAUUCUUUUGAGUGUACAGUUGAAUCUUCUUCCUUCUGAAAGAGAUGUUUUCUGGUUUUUAAAGCAAUAUGGCCAUUGGUUGUUUGGAUGGCCCACAACUUGCUUAUUGUUUGCCCUAUGUUGCACAGCAGGAUUCAUCAUUAUUGGUGCUCUCAUAGUCUUUCCUUCUGAGAAGGAUUCGUGGGCUUUCGUGGGAAUAUCGUGCUGCUGCUUCUCUGGUUUGAUGUUCUUGUUUUUGACACUCUCGACCGCCACGUGGAGGCGCAUAAAUGGAAUGGACAUAAGAAAGGUGUGGCCAGGUGAUCCUUGGCUUGAGCAGACAGUUACCACCUCACUGAUGAGACCGCAUCGAAGUCGAUACGACUCCCUCACUUCAUUCCAAUCAGGCGUGAAUGCCUCAGGCAGUAGAACAGCUUCAGAUCGCUCCCUGCAAGACCCAUCAAACAUUGGAUCGAACGCGUCUGCUGCUCCGAAGCGCGAGCGGUGACUGGUAGACCGAGACUUGUAAAAUCUGCCGAGUUUGGGGUAUUUCAAACGAAAUCCAAAUUUUCAGUGCGCGAAACAAUGCGGCUAGGAGAAUCUUACCGUAUAUAUCUCACGCGCUGUGUGUAAGAAUGUGUACCAUUUAAAGGUGUGAUGCGUCGAAUAGCAAUGAAUGGAUAUUUACUAUCCUAGAAAGCUC